AGAUUUUUAUCUUUACUUCAUCUUCCAGACUUUUCAACUUCCUGUUCCUUCCUGGCAAAGUGAGUCAGAAAUUGGACAGAGGCUGAAAUGAGAUUUAGCUGGUAUGAGAAUAGCGGACUAAAGUCUCCUCAAUGAUACUGUGGAGUUCCUGUCAGAUGCUCCUUUGACAAGUUGUGGCAGUUUAAAGAUUGCGGCUAUGGAUGUGUGAAAAAGCAAAGUUGCCGACCAAAAGAGGCUUUAAAAGUGUCAAUUUUGUAUUUGUGAAAUGGCAGAUGCCAAAUGUUUUCCUUAAUGCUUAUCUUCCAUCAAAAAGUCAGAGGGCCUGAUGUUUGGAUCCUUGCAGAAUGUUUAGAUACAUGUAUCGAAUAUUAAAUUUGAAAAUUAAAAAACUCUCCCCCCUUCAGGUUUUUAGCAUUUUUUUUUCCAUUAUAGCUUGUGCCCAUUUCCAUCUUACUUUGCCAGGAGAUUUCACAUAAUUUAUUUGCUUCUUUGUCACUCAGCUCCUGCUCCUUUUUUAGUCUGACUUCAUCCUCUUUUCUCUCCUCGCUCUCUUGUCCUUUCCUUAAUUCGCAAUGUCAGUCAUCGGUGUAUUUUUUUGCCGCGCCCUCCUUGAGACACUCUUGCGCUGAAGGUUGAUGCUGAGGCUUUACCCCAACAUCGGAUGUCACUCUUCGGAGCCGUGUAACUCAGGCCACAGAACAUAUAACAAAUGAUGAUGCAGUUCAGCACUGGCUCUUGCUUUUAAGACAGACUGUUGCUACUUGCAAUAUUUACCCCGAUGACAAGAUGUCAGAGGAGAUCAUGUCACUGGCUGUCCGCUGCUCUUUCUACAAGGACGGCUGCAAGUGGAUGGAUAAGCUGAAAAUACUCAAGCCCCACCUGGAGUCCUGUGCAUACAACAUGGCCGCCUGCACAGACUGCUCGGCAAUGGUUGCUAGGAACCAUUUGAAGGAUCACAGGCAGUUUGACUGUCCCAAGAGAAAUUCAACCUGUGAGUUCUGUGGCGGCCAGUUUCCAGGACAGAGAAUGGAUCACCACACAGGGCGUUGUCAGCUGGAAGUCGUCUUCUGUGAGAACAAGUGUGGGGCACAGCUGCAGCGGCGAUACAUCAACUCCCACAUGAUGAACGAAUGUCCCAAGAGACAGGUCCCCUGCAAGUACUGCGCCAAGGAAUUCAUUUUUGACACAUUGCAGAGCCAUCUCCAUCAGUGUCCCCGGUACCCUGUCUGUUGCCCAAACCGCUGCGACUCGGCUAAGAUAGCCAGGGAAGAAGUUGACAAGCACAUUAAGGAUUCCUGCCCCUCCUCCAUGGCAAGCUGCCCAUUUGUCCAGCACGGAUGCAAACACAGAGGUCCGAGGUACUCCAUGGAAAGACAUCUUAAUGAGAACACUAAGGAACACCUGGGUCUGAUGUGUCAUGUUGUCCGCCGCCAACAGAAACAAAUCCACGACCUGCGGGCACAGCUGGACACUCUGUCGUUGAGCAUGGAUGGCACGCUGCUGUGGAAGAUCACCGACUAUGCCGCCCGCUUUGCCAAAUCCAAAUUGGAGGACGAAUAUGAGCUGCGGAGCCCUGUUUUCGCCACCAGCCGCAAUGGCUACCGGCUGCAGGUCUCGGCCUUCCCAAAUGGGAACGGAUCCGGGGAGGGCACCCACCUGUCGGUGUACAUCCGGACGGUCAGUGGGGAGAAUGAUGCCCUCCUGCGCUGGCCCUUCACCCACCCGAUAUCCUUCACUCUCCUAGACCAGGCUGAAGAUGGCCAGAAACCAUCCCACGUCAAGGAGUGCUUCACGCCGGACCCCACCUGGAAGAACUUCCAGAGGCCCAGCCGUGAUGUCUACACGCUGGGCUACGGCUACCCGACGUUCGUCUCACACACCUUCCUCAAGACAAAACACUACAUCAAGAACGACACGAUGUUCAUCAAGGUGGAGGUGGAUUGCUCCAAGAUCAACAACAUCAUCUGAACAAAAGCAACAGAGUCCAGUCACUGACUAAACCAUCCCUGGUUGCUAUGGCAACAGACAAAACCAUGGCAAUGAUUGCCUGAAGUUUAUACCACUGAAAAUCUGCAGUGCUGUCUGAUUUUUGUGUUUGGAUGAACAAUCAUUCUGGAGGGAAUGUCAGGAGCAGAGAAAGUUUGAACAACUGCUGGUACAAAAGGUUACCAAAUUUUUACAGUCCCCAAUUCUUCAUCCAAGAUACCUCACAUUUAAAAAGAAAUGAAUCAAAUGUACUCACUUUUGUUGAACAUUUUUGUGCGUGCAUGUACAUACAAAAAUUGAACAGAUAUCUUAGUGUUUUUUGUAUUUGACAACUUUGUUUGUGGCCUCAAGACUUUUCAGACAUUAUGUACAUGUACAAAUAUUUGUCAGUUUUCACUUGAAGAGAAAAAAAAGCUUAACAUUUACUUUGUGUUUUCUUUCAUAUAUAUAUGUAUACAGAAUACCACCUAUACAUGUAAGCUGCAUUCUUCCAUAAAGUUUAAGUGUAAAUAUUAUUUUGUCUGUGGUUUAUGAUACAAAAUGUAACUGAUAUCAAGUUCCAGGUUAUUAAUUGCCGGAGAUGCAGAGGUUGUGAUGCCAAAGCAUCCUUACAUGUACCUCUUGAGUCUCUCCAAUUCUGAAGGGACUCAGAAUGCAAGUACUGACCAAGAUGUCCUUGUAUGGCUUCUUGAGGGUGCCACACGCACCAAUACACCAGAGCUGCGUAUCGAGAGAUUUUGUGACAACUUUGGAGUAGAAGCCAUCUUGGUUCCAAAGUCUGCCACGUGCACCCCAAUGGACAUAAAUGCAUGCGCGAAACAAUCAACAGUCCAACUUUGAUCUGUUGCAUAACAUUUUUGUCAUCAAUUUGUGCAGCAGCAGGGUCAAUAGCCUUCCAUUUGGGAAACAAAAUGGCUUCAUACUCUGACCUCACGUCACAACUGUAUGUAGUCAGCUAGAAACGAGCCAGUGGGAGUAGGGUCCAAGAUGGACAUGUAAAAUUUGCCUACACUGUGUAUUUUGGCCCCCAGAGAUGGCACAAAGAAUGGUGACCCCUGGGAACCAGUUUGACACAUGGUGUUGGGAGGGGGGAGCAAGAGGGGACAUUCCCCUCACCAGAAAAAGGGAGAGGGGGAGAAAAGAUAACAGGGAAGAAUAGAUGAGGAUGGAAAUUGCCACUUUCCUUGAAAAUGCCUCAGAUCUAGAAUUGACCUCCCUCCACCAUUCAGUGUUGGUCAGCCUGCCACUAACAUAUGUUUUGUCCACUCUCUGAUAGAGCCAUAUGGCCCUUCCUUGCAAAGCCCAUGGUCAAGCCACAUGGGUUGCAUUGACCAAAGAGGGCACCGUUAAACUUGAAGCUGCCAGAAAAAUAUUUUCAGUUAAACAUCCAAUUCCUUCAUCUCCUAGCUAUCGCUGAUGUAGUAUGAGUGCCCAGUUUCUCUAACAACAAGAUGGAAGUGACUCUGGGUAUUCGUACGAUAUUUUGUCCAUCAUCAAACAGGAAGUUAAAUGUGAGAAGUCAGAAUCAGUAUUAACCACCGAUGCACUUUUGUAAUUUCAAGCUUAUUUUUUUCAGCACUUUAAAGAAGAAAAAAAAAACACCACUGAAAUUAAAAGACACUUAAUAUGUCCAGCUUUCCUCACGAAAUUGUGUUUACACAGGUACAUCGGGACGUUUGAGGAGUUAUGCCAAAAGAUUCAAGCUUACUGUGUGGGAAAAUAACUAUUAAGAGUAUAAAUGUGUAUAUUUGUAAAUUUGAUACAAUGUAUAUUUAUCACGACUUCCAUAAAUCAGUGUUAACAUUGUAGAUACAUAAUGUACUUUUCUUCGAUUUCAUUGUGAAAGAAGACAAUUUCAUUUUCACUUAUACCGAUAUGAUACGUAAGCCAGAUGAUGUUUAUGUUACUUACAUAGUAUGGGCAUUCCUUGGUUUUCGUACAGUUAAGGCAACCCGAAGAAAACACUUAUUUUUCUUGCACAGUGAACACGUGCUUUAAGCUGGAUUUUUGUCGAUGGGUUUCCUUGACUGUUCCUCUUCAUUUUGUGGCAGAUUUCCCUGACUCCCCAGAAACCACUAAAACUGGGACAGAGAGAGGAGCUAUUUUUGGACUGAGCUAAGUCCGUGCACAAUUCACAUAACCUCAAUUGCAAUGACCUCUUUUCGAUCAGGUCCACCCAAGGUAUGCAACUCACUUUAAUACCUGGGUUACAGAGAUGCCCAAGAUAGACAGGCCCAGCUCACAACUGUGGUCAAAUUGAUUUCUUGCUUAUACAAGGGUCUCCUAUGUGCGUACAAAAUAGAGGAGACAGAUUCUGCAGUCGGAAUUGUUUUUUACUUCUGUAGUAUCUCAUCCCAUGGUGUGUAUGAAAGAAAAGAUCCAACUUUGGGCACUUGGAUUUUCUUUGACAAGCGGGUUAGAAAAAAAUAUGGCAGAGUUGGGCCAUUCUGGUUGGUUGCAGUGUAAGCCUGAUGAACAGAAUGCCACAAGAACACAUUUUGAGCAUUCUGUCAGAUGAUAUAUGAUGCUCAUUGUUGAUGAGAGUUUUCUUUUCUCUAUGGGUGCAUUUUACGUUUUUCUGAAAGGAACCGAAGACCACCAUUGCUCAAGAAAAUACCAACUCUCCAAUCAAGUUAAUCAACCAACAUUUGGUUACAAACACCAUAAUGCACCUCAGAUUCUGUUUCUGUUGUGCUAGUGGAACGAAAACAAAUGUACUCGUUAAAAGUGGAAUCUAUGCGACAGGAGUCAAUGGUGACAGUAGUUUUUAACAGGCUGUGUGAAAGCUUAACAUCUUCCAGUAUAAAAGAAUGUUGUUCUGAAAAAUAAAUUUGAUUCAUUGACUGGGUCGUCUAA